AUGUCCGCAGCAUCGCCAACACGACCUUCGCGACGGGCUGCCUCCCGGAAAAAGCUCGUCGUUGAUUCAUCCGAUGAAGACGACACCAACACCACGCGACAACAAGACAGUGAAGAUGAUUUCACCCCGGCCCCAGCUACGAGUCCACGACGUACGGCACGGCGAAAGACAACAGAGACCGCAUCCACCCCGCGAACUGGUGGACGGACGAGAAGAACACGAGCCGGCGAAUCCAUUGAGCCUUCGCAAAUCUUCAGUCCUCCCGAGAGCAACGCCCCUUCAGAGCCGCCUUCUCCCUCGAAGAAGGCCCCACCAAAGCGAAAGAGUGUGAGAUCGAGUCGCAAGAGUCGCGCUUCUCUUGCCCCCGAAGUCCCUCAAACACCAACUGAGCCGCUACCCACUCCGAAACCAUCACUUUCGCCGGACCCAAGCGAGUCAUUGAUGGAAAGCGGCGAUUCGACUCUACUCGCCCCAAAGCCAUCCCCAACCCCGGUACCUCAGCAGAGACAUGCCACGCCGCUUGCGGAUAUUACGAAUAGCACGAUUAAUGAGCAGACUCAGAUUUUGGAGGAUGUCACGGAGCUCGCGAAACCAGACCCGAUCGCGAAGGUUGAUACACAGACUACGGUCCUCGAAAAGCCCAUGGAUAUCGUGAUUAGGACCCGGCAUACGGCUCUUCCUGUCGUACAGGAGUCAUCCGAACCGAAGUCCCGACUCGUCAUCACCAAUUUGGUCCUGAUGAAUUUCAAGAGUUACGCUGGAAGGCAAAUCGUUGGUCCAUUUCACGCGUCGUUUUCCUCGGUCGUUGGGCCCAACGGGUCCGGCAAGUCCAAUGUCAUCGAUUCUUUACUCUUCGUGUUCGGUUUCAGAGCCAGCAAAAUGAGACAAGGCAAGAUUUCUGCGCUGAUCCACAACUCGGCUGCUUUCCCAGAUCUGGAGUAUUGCGAAGUGGAAGUGCAUUUCCAGGAAGUCAUCGACAUCCCCGGUGGCGGCCACAAUGUGAUCCCCGACUCCACAUUAGUUGUCUCCAGACGAGCUUUCAAGAACAACCAAAGCAAAUACUAUAUCAAUGGGUCCACGUCCGAUUUUACGAGGGUCACUACACUCCUGAAAGAUCGUGGCAUUGACCUGGAUCACAAGCGGUUCUUAAUUCUCCAAGGCGAAGUGGAGUCAAUCGCUCAGAUGAAGCCGAAGGCCGCAAAUGAACAUGACGACGGCCUGCUGGAGUAUCUCGAAGAUAUUAUCGGCACGUCGAAAUACAAGACCCCGAUCGAGGAAGCUGCCGCCGAGACAGAGACUCUCAACGAGGUGUGCGUAGAAAAAAGUGGACGCGUUCAACAUGUUGAGAAGGAAAAGAACGCUCUGGAGGACAAAAAGGACAAGGCACUUGCUUACAUUCGCGACGAGAACGAGCUAGCUAUCAAGCAGGCGGCGCUUUACCAAAUUUCCAUGGCCGAGGCUCGGGAUACCUAUGAAGUCAAUCAAGAAGCCGUUUCCAAACUUCAGGCACAAUUGGACGAGGAACUUCAACGGCAUGCGGGUAGUGAAGAUGGCAUCAAGAGGCUUGAGAAGCAGUACAAGACCAGUUCCAAAGAUUUCGAACAGCUCGAGAGGGACUCCCAGGCCUUGCUGAAGGAGAUGGCUAAGAUCGACAAGGACACGGUCAAGUUUGAAGAAAAAAAGAAGUUCCUAACGGGGAAGCAAAAGAAAUUGGAAAAAUCUCUGCAGACCGCGGCCUUUGGCAUAGCCGAACAGGAGACCCUUAUCAAGCAAGGCACGGACGAUGUCGAGCGAUGCAACGAACAAAUCGUAGAGCUCGAAGAUCAGAUCACGAGAGAAGAGCACGAGCUCAAUGGGAUCCGCGAAAGUCUGAAAGGCAAGACUCAGGGGUUGUCCGACGAAAUCGCCACAAAACAACGAUCGCUGGAGCCGUGGCAGGAAAGGAUCAGUCAGAAGCAGUCGGCCAUGGCUGUUGCCCAAAGCGAACUCGACAUCCUUCGGGAGAGGGAGAAUGCGGGUGCUGUUGCAAUCGCCGAGAUCGAAACGAAGAUUUCUGGAUUUGAUGAGUCCAAGGUUGCCAAAACCGAGAAGCUGGGCAAUGCCAAAGCCGAAAAGGCGACCGUGGAAGAAGAGCUACAUGCCGUUCAAGCGGAAUAUGACGAGCUCAUCGAAAAGGAGCCAGCCCUCCGGUCAAAGCUGUCCGGAGCUCGUCAGAAGGCUGACGAAGCACAAUCAAGCCUUUCUGCUACUCAAACCCAAGGAAACGUGUUGAGCGGCCUCAUGCGGCUCAAAGAAUCGGGACGAAUCGAAGGUUUCCACGGCCGGCUGGGAAAUCUCGGCGCGAUUGACCAAAAGUACGACGUCGCCAUUUCGACCGCAUGUCCAUCCCUGGACAACCUCGUGGUUGACACGGUCGAGGUUGGUCAAGCCUGCAUCGACUACCUCCGCAAAAACAAUCUUGGUCGUGCCAACUUCAUCCUACUGGAUCGCUUACCCCAGCGGGAUAUGUCGGCGAUCGAGACGUCGGAAAAUGUUCCCAGGUUGUUCGAUCUUGUCAAGCCCAAGGAUAAGAAAUUCAUGCCCGCCUUCUACAGCGUGCUCCAGAACACUCUGGUCGCUAACAACCUUGAGCAAGCCAAUCGAAUUGCCUAUGGUGCAAAGCGAUGGCGUGUGGUCACACUUGAUGGACAGCUCAUCGAUAAGUCCGGUACGAUGACUGGAGGUGGGACGCGUGUUGCCAAAGGUGCCAUGUCAUCGAAGUUGGUUGCCGAUGUGAGCAAAGAACAAGUGACGAAGCUUGAGGGUGAUCGAGAGAAGUAUGAAGAGAUGUUUGCGGAGUUUCAGAAAGAUGUUCGAGAACUUGACGAGCGAUUACGGGCCCUGAAAAACAAGAUUCCAUCGUUCGAGACCCAGGCCCAGAAACUGAUACUUGAGAUUGAAAGUUUCGAUCGAAAUAUCACCGACGCAAGGAAACGCAUUCAAGAGUUGACAGUCGAGCAAACCACGCAGAAAGGUGACCAGAAGCGGAUCUUAACCCUUCAGAAGACGAUCUCAGAGUUGGAAGCCGAGAUUGAGAGACUACGUUCCGAGACGAGUAAUGUGGAGGAGGAGAUCAAGACACUGCAGGACAAGAUCAUGGAGAUCGGUGGUGUCCGACUUCGCAGCCAGAAAGCAAAGGUCGACGGCCUCAAGGACCAAGUCAACACCCUCAGCGAGGAGAUGUCAAAUGCCGAAGUGUCUCGAACGAAAGCUCGGAAACAGAAGACCAAACAUGAAAAGGCACAGACGGAUAGCGAGAGAGACCUUGCCGGCACCGCAAAGGAGAUGGAGAAGGUCGCGGAUCAGAUGACUGUGCAUGUCCAGAAUGCUUCCGGCUCAAGCCAGCAAGCAGAAGAGGCGCAAGAAUCUUUGGAGGCGAAAAAGGAAGAACUCCAAGCCCUCAAAACCGAGCUGGACCAAAAGCAGGCCGAACUGAAUGAGACUCGCGGCAUUGAGAUCGAGAUGCGGAAUAAACUGGAGGAGAAGCAGAAAAUAGGGGACGAAGCAGCUCGACGGCUGAGGAGCUUUGAAGAAAAGCUCUCGAAGUUGGAGCUCCACAACAUCGAAGAUCUCAUGACAACCAAUGCCGCAACAAUGAUCCCGAUCUACAGCCCCGACGAGCUCGCCGACAUGUCGAAGGAGACGCUCAAGCGAGAGAUCGCUGCGCUCGAGUCCCAGACCCAGUCUAACCGAGUGGACCUUUCCGUUCUCUCCGACUACCGUCGUCGUGUCGCGGAGCACAGUUCACGCCUCGCAGACUUGAACUCCGCCAUCGGCACCCGCGAGGCUUCGAAGCGCAAGCUCGACGAGUUACGCCGCCUUCGGCUGGAAGGGUUCAUGCAAGGGUUUUCCGAGAUCUCCAUGCGGUUGAAGGAGAUGUACCAGAUGAUCACCAUGGGCGGCAACGCCGAGCUGGAGCUGGUGGACAGCUUGGACCCGUUUGCAGAAGGGAUCUUAUUCUCGGUCAUGCCGCCGAAGAAGAGCUGGAAGAAUAUCAGCAACCUGAGCGGUGGCGAGAAGACGCUGAGUAGUUUGGCGCUAGUGUUUGCGUUGCAUCAAUACAAACCGACGCCAUUGUAUGUCAUGGACGAGAUUGAUGCGGCGUUGGAUUUCCGGAAUGUCUCAAUUGUUGCCAGCUACAUUAAGGAGAGGACAAAGAAUGCGCAGUUCAUUGUCAUUUCAUUACGGAACAACAUGUUUGAGCUUGCAGCUCGCCUGGUCGGGGUGUAUAAAGUCAAUCAUAUGACGAAGAGCGUGACGGUGGAGAAUAAGGAUUAUAUUGUUGCACGAUCGUGA